UGAUAGAAGGAAACAUAACCUCGAUGCGGAUGUUCGUAUAUUUUCUCGAUUGAAACGUCAAGCUGCGACUAAAAGCGCAUGAGAUACCCUGUUGUAAUCGUAAAUAAUAUUUGUAAAUAAUAUUCUUUUGUAUUUCCACGUAUCACAAAAUAUUACGGCUGUUAUUUGAACAAUAAUACUGACCAGAUUUAACUAAUUCUUAUUAUUUUUCGUAAUUUAAUAUGUAAACAUACUGAAAUAACAUACGGAAACCUUGGUAAUUUAUACCGGUAAAAUUGCACAACGUUAAAGUAGCGAGAGAAACUAUGACAUCGAUCGCGGAAAAUGUGGAGGAAAAAAUACAAGAGGAUCCAAUCCGUUGUAUAUUUUUCUCCGAAUUUCAUCAUAUAGCAGGACCUAAAAUUACAUGUCAGGUACCCGACAAUUUUAUAUCCAAGGAUAUUUUUGACAAUGUCAGCGUUUAUAUCAUACCAAAGGCCCAACUACAAAGGAGCACUAUCACAGUAACCUUGAAAGACUAUAAAAUCUUGGGGUUUCCUGUGAAGAUCGAUGAUAAGAAAUAUGCAAGAAAUGCAUUUUACUUCAACUUGUGCUUUGUUUGUGACGCAAAAGCUCGUACUGUUCAUUAUGAGCCAGUGGUUAAGAAAAUGUCAGACUUCUUGAUGGCUUUGGAAAUAGAAAAUUGUUUCUUAUCUGCCUCAGAUGAUAAGACCAGAUUAGCAGAGGUGCUCGCGCAGGUCAAGCAGGACUUAAAUCUGCACAAGAUGUGUACACUGACCGAAGGGACAAUGACAUCUCAUUUAAAGGUAGUGAAAUUAGCACCCGAGCCAAAGCCGGUCCUCGAUCACCAAGUACCGAUAUUCUUGGAGAGCAGAGAGGCGUUUCACAGCGACCAGUGGGACCUAACUACGCAACAAGUAUUACCUUACGUCGACGGCUUCAACCAUGUGGCGCGCAUAGCGGCUGAAGCCGAUGUGGAGAAUAAUCUAGUCAAGAGCUGUGUGCAAAAUCUUGUAUAUUACGGGGUUGUGACUCUGAUACCGAUAUUUCAAUACAGUAACGUUUACGCCGCGACCCCGAAGCUCAAGCAGCUCGCGGAGGAUGUUAAGUUACAGGAGAGGUGUAUAGCGUACGCUUCGAAACUGCCCAGGCAGCCUGCGUACCUCAGGGACAUAUAUCGUAUGUACGCGAGCAUGACUCACGGCAACAGUAUGAGAGACCUGUGUCAGCGUCUCAACCCGCAGAUGCUGCGAAUAAACGAGAGGAGGCUGGUGCAGUUCGGCCUGAUCGAAGGGCUCAUCAGGAGAGUGUACAACUAUCCUGUGCUCCUCGUCCCUAGCGCAUCUUGCAGCGAGGAAACGAAGAAUCACGCGGUCUACAAGUACUUCACCGGUGCGUACAGCCUCGACGAGAUAUGUUGCCGAACAGAAAUAAUGAUGAUGACAAAGCACACGGAGCCUCGGGUAAUUUCGAAACGAGUGCACAUAUGGUAGAUAGCGAGGCUUGACGUGGCGUUCGUGGAUUCAUUGACCUUUGACAACAAGCGCAUAAUGGGUAGUUGAAACGCACAUACAAUGGUAAGUACGGAGAUAAUCGUAAAAGUAUCGCGCAAAAUGAUACGCAAGAUGCGAUAUAAUAACUUAUUAUUAACUUAUUAUUUAAAUUAUUCCAUUCCCAUUCAGGAAAAUUCGUCGCGAUAUCGCAAAUGAGUUUCGCAGAAUGCAUCACGCACUGCGAAAAAGAUUUCUCCAAAUUUAAUCAAUUUUAUCGCAUCCAAACAAAUUUCAUCACUGGCAUGCUCCAGAGGAAC